AUGGAAAAAAGAAGGCGGGCUCGCAUUAACGAGAGCCUCAAUCACUUAAAAACACUUAUACUCCCUCUGUUCGGCAAAGACGCUUCACGCUAUUCAAAGCUGGAGAAAGCUGACAUUCUCGAUAUGACUGUGCGGUUCCUCAGAGAUCUGCCUUCCUCAUCAGCUAAAGGUCAAACAGACAGCUAUAAAGAGGGAUAUAAAGCCUGCUUGCAGCGCAUCUCUGCGAUGCUGCCGCAGUCUAACCUCGAAACAGAAACCCGGCAGCGCGUCAACGAGUUCCUCCAGACUCGAUGGUGUCUGCGACGUCUUCCUGCCAGAACUGCUGUGCUCAGAACUCCAGAAUGA